AGAUGCCGCGCGGAGGCGGAAGGAGCCGUGGGCCGGCGGCGGCCAUGGCGGGCUCGCGGCUGCGCUGCCGCGGCUGGACCUACCUUCCCGAGGUGCCUUCGGCCACCUUCCUUACCGCGCUGCUUUCCCUCGUGGUGUCCGGGCCCCGCCUGUUCCUGAGUCCGCGGCCCCUGGCGCCCUCCUGCCUCUCGCUCCAGAACGAGGCGCUGCGCAACGGGCAAGUUCACAGGCUAGUCACCUACAUCUUCGUCUACGAGCACCCAGUGUCCCUGCUCUGUGGGGCUGCCGUCAUCCUGCGCUAUGGGGGCAACUUCGAGCGGAGUGUGGGCACCGUGCGCCACUGCUUCUUCACCUUGGUCUUCACCCUUGUGACGGCCAUCAUCUUCCUGUUGUGUGAGACUGUCAUCUCGCUGGUCCACCACGCAGAGGUGGAGGCCGCCGUCGGCUUCAGCCCUGUGGCCUUCGCCAUGAUGGGCGUCACGUCGGUCCGCAGUCGGAUGCGGAGGGUGUUGGUGCUGGGCAUCUUCGUGCCCACUGUGGUGGCGCCGUGGUUUGUGCUGUGUGCCUACUGCUUCAUCCCCCAGACUUCCUUUCUUGGAAACUUCUGCGGCCUUUGUGUUGGCAUUGCCUACGGUAUCUCCUACUGUUCCAUCGAUAUCUCGGAGCGCACGGCGCUGAAGCUGGACCGGAAGUUCCCCUUCUACCUGAUGCAGAGACUGUUCAUGGUCAAGUACAUCUCCAGCUGUGCCGCCGAGCGGAGAGCAGCCAACUGCCGCCGGAUCAAACCAACGCCUGGCUCCUACCCCACGCAAUGCAGCUGCACCCACAAGCCACUUAACUGCAUGCUGCAGGCUCAGCAGACCAGCGGGGUGCAGGGCCUUGUCCCUGGGAAUAUGCCCAGCCCGCCUCCCUACCAACCUGCCUUCAGCCCGAACUCUACACAGAACAAUGGUGGUCCGGCCCCUCACGUUCCAGGGGGCUACCCGGAUUUGACUGGGGUCUCCCUGGGAGUGCAGGCCCCUGCUCCCCUCAACUGCUCUGACGUGCAUUCUGAGAACCUGGUCGCUCCAGGAGCUGCAGGCCCCAAUGACUGUGCCAGGGUCCUGAUUUCCUGAGCCGCUUCUAGAACCCACUCCCCCGGGGCCCAUUGAGCCCCAGAGCUUGUGACCAGUUAUUUAUGGGAUGUCUCUACUGUACCUCACCACACCGCACCAUGACGCUAGCCCCUCAGCCUGUUUCAGGACUGCUUUUGUAGGGGACAGGGAUGCUAGCACUGUGAUUGUGUUGCACCUGGGACCAGUGGCGAUCAACACUCGAAUGUGGCUCCCAUCCCCUUCCGUAUGUAUGUGUGUGUGUGCUUGCGCUGCUCAGUUCUCGUGUCCCUGUGCCGUGUAUUUGCUCCAUCUUGUGUUGUAUUUCUCCUUCAAUGGCGCUCCAGCCCCCUAGAAGUGGUGAGGUGGGCUGGUGCCUGCUGCCUCUGUAUAAAGAAGCUGUCUCC